UGUCGCUUUUACUGGUACGAUGGCAGCAGCUCCCAAGAUUGUACUGCGCUACUUCGACUGUCAAGGCAGGGCGGAGCCGCUUAGAAGAAUGCUCGUUGAUUCGGGCGUAGAAUUUGUCGACGAGAAGGUCCCCAUCUCCGAGGAAUGGGUGAAGAUGAGAGAAGACCCAAACUUUGCCGGCCCGCUCAAGACACUACCCGUCUUGCAUUGGGACUCCUUUGUUACACCAGGAACGGAAGCGAUCGCCUUAUAUCUUGCGCACAAAUUUGGAUACGUUGCCGAUGGCAGUCUGGAGACUCUAACAGUGAGUGCAGCUCUCUGCUCUGUUGGUCACUCUGACAUUAUCAAGCCUGCAUUCAAGUUUCUGUAUGAGGGAGGUUCUACCCCAGAGAAAAGCAUUGAAGAGGAUUUCAAAACAACGUUUGAUUUCAUUCGAUCCAGAGUUGUACCGUUUGAACAGUAUCUUUCGAAGGGACCUUAUCUUUUGGGUGAAAAACUAUCUGCAGCUGACUUCUUUGUCUCUACGGCCUGUGAUAUUGCUUUUCAAAUUUUUGGAGAGAAAAUUAUGGAUGGAUGCCCAAAAUUGAAGAGCUUUUUGCAACAGAUGGCCGAGAGACCACGAAUCAAAGAGUACCUGAAUUCUGAUCGUAAACCGACACAAUUUUGUGCUAGUGUCAGGGAGACUGAAAUUCUUGAGAAAACGAGGCGUUUACUCUGAUGUUUUUAAUUAAUUUUUGCUGCUGUUUUUCGAUUCCUUGUGUUUUGAUUCCUCUAGAAAUAAAUGUAGUUUGUCCCA